AUGAGUGUAUUUCCUGGAAGUAAGAUUCAUUACAAAGGUCUCCUCGACGGUUUUGGCAGAACAUCCCAACGGAUGAUUGUUGAGGUAACACACGCCACCAUCUCAUCCGAAGACAUCCUCUUCACCGACUCCGACAAAACCGCCAGCUCACUCAACAAUGACUUCUAG